AUGCAAAUUCCAGACGAAAAUAUUGAUUUAAUGUACAACAUUAUUGUUGCAGGUGAUUCAGGAGUAGGAAAAAGCUCACUAAUUAUUCGUUUCACUAGAAAUGAUUUCCGUUUACAUACGAAACCGACCAUCGGAGUCGAUUUUUCGUCCAAAGAUAUUUCCUAUGAUGGAAAGUGUAUUCGAGGAAGAAUUUGGGAUACAGCUGGACAAGAACGAUUUCAAGCCAUUACUCCAUCCUUCUAUAGAGGCGCUCAUGGUGCCAUGAUUGUCUUUGAUCUAUCGAAUAGAAGCAGCUUUGAAAAAGUAGAAGAUAAAUGGAUCUCUCAAUUAAGAAAAUAUGGUGAACCUAAUUGCAUCAUAAUAUUAGUUGGAAAUAAGAGCGAUUUAGUGGAUCAACGACAAAUUUCUGUGGAGGAAGCAACAAAAUUUGCUCAAAAACAUGGAGCGUAUUAUAUGGAAACAUCUGCAUUGAACGCAUCAAAUGUCGAACUGGCUUUCAAUACCUUAAUUCAAAAUAUUUAUCAUAACAAACCAUUGCAUCCCGUAGUAGUUGACCCACUUAAUCCUCCUCCUACAGUGGUUCCACCUCCUGUGAAUAUUACUUUCGAUCCAACUAAGCCCACAGUGCCAACGACUGAACAACCAAGUAAAUGCCAAUGCUGA